GUAAUUGAACCUAAAAAUAGAAUAUGAAAACAUGAAUGAAUAUAGAACUUUUAUCAAUUGUUAUUUGCAUAGAGCACCUUGGUUCUUGAUUCUUCCUUCCAUGGCUAUUUCCACAGCAGGAAACAGCAAAAUCUUUUAUAGUUUCAAUAAUUGCAGCUCUUCCUUCAAAACCCAUGUGUCCAUUUGUUCUAUUAACUUCUCCUUGAUACCCAAUUCCUAUCAUUACUCCAUCAAAUCCACAAGGUCUAUAAAUGGGAAGAGAGCAUCAGAACAUUUGUUCCGGGUUCCAACUAUUUUCUGUGUAGUGGAAGAUACAAAUGAAACACGUCCUGAAUCUAUCAAAUCGUCUGCUUCAAGUGAUUCUACGAAGGAACCAGCUUUUAACUUGAACCUACCGAGAAGAAGUCUAUUAGCAACAUUCACAUGUAAUGCUUGUGGUGUUCGAUCUCAAAAACUCAUAAACAGAUUAGCAUAUGAAAGAGGCACUGUGUUUAUACAGUGUUCUGGCUGCUCUCAGUAUCACAAAUUGGUCGACAACCUCGGACUUGUGGUCGAGUACAACUUCAAGGAUGAAAUUAGUAUGGAUCUAGAUGCUGAUCAAGAUUGACUGAAGCUUAUGCAUUAUAUAACGGUAGGCUAUAGCAAGAGAGUAAUAGUACUGAUUGUGCCAUUCUGUAGGUGAAAGAAAAUCAAUUACAUUCACGUAAAUCUCUGGAUGAAAAGAAUAUCAAUGAUAUUACAACAAUAACAAUCAUACUCCACAUUAUUUUUUCUCUAAACA